AUGGAACAAUGGGACAAAGAGCUGAAACGAUUUAAGGAAGUUAUCAUUUCUGUCUUAGAGCAUCGUCGAGAGGAAAUGGACAUAAAACUGGAGAAAUUUUCUGAGGAAAACAAAAAACUACGCGACGAGAUUAAAAAUAUAACAACAGAAAGUGAAAUGGGAAAUCCAGUUAUCGCAUUCAAUGCAUAUACAAGAGUUAGUGGGAAAUACCCUUUGGGCCUGGUUGUCAUAUUUCCGGAAGUGCUGUUAAAUGAAGGAGGAGGAUACAAUUUGACGAUCGGACAUUUUACUGCACCAGUUGCCGGUUUUUAUCACUUCAAAGCUCAUGUAUGCAAUCAAGAAACGAAACCUAUGGUAAUUUCUAUUAUGCAUGGGAAAAUUCAAAUUGCUUUGAGCACGGCGUAUGAGGACAGAGAUAGCAGUUGCAGCUCCCUCAGUGCACCGGCUAUAAUGGAAGCUAGUGAGCACGCGUACGUUACGUCUUCGUACAGCGAAAACUACAUGCGGUUUAAUGCAAAUCGCUGGCCAUCGUUUAUGGGUGCUUUGGUGCAGCGUCGUCAAUAA